UCAGACGGCCCGAGACAGUCGAAAAAAUAAAAGAUGCUGACUUCUUCGCUUUUCGGUGGUCUUCGGGCGGCGCGCGCCUCUGUGGUAAUCACCCGCAACUUGGCGGCAGCCCAGAAGGCUUCAGACCCCAUCCAGCAGUUGUUCCUUGACAAAAUCAGGGAAUACAAACAGAAGAGCGCUGGUGGAAAACUGGUAGAUCCCAGCCCAGCCAUCGAGAAGGAACUGAAGACCGAACUGGAAAAGCUGGAGAAGCAGUAUGGUGGCGGCUCCGGAGUGGACAUGACCAAGUUCCCCGACUUCAAGUUCGAGGAGCCCAAGCUGGACCCCAUCGAUGAACAGGCAGCGGCCAAGAAGUGAACCAGUUAAUCAGUAGACAAUAUAGUUAUUUAAUAAACGGUGGAAUGUGAGUCUGCAUGCGGCAAUAGUACAGGAAAUCAAUGUGUUACUGUCAAUAAAAUCUGUGCAGGUUGUUA